AUGAUAUUUUCAGGAGUGUUAGUUUGUCUUUGUUCGUUGAUCUUUUCGCCUGUAGGCGCGAGUACCAAGGUAUGUAAAUCCGUUCGACGCUUCUUCUACUCAUGUGGUUUCUUUCUGGUGGUUUUUGACCUUUAUCUAUCUUUAUCGCUUUAGUGUUUGUUUUGUAUGUGUUCUUCUUCAUUCCCUGUAGAAGCCGUUAGAGCAUCCUCUUCCAAGAUCCCUUCCCGAAUCGAAGAUAAAUGACUUGGCACAGAGGACAGACUACAGAGCUUUUUACGAUGGUAUUUUUCUUCCAGUAUUGCGAGUUCGUGUCCCAGGAACUAAGGGACAUCACGCCGUUAAAUUGGUAAGAAAAAUAAUGGUGAAACUUGUUUCAUCUCUUUGACUUUCUUAAGUCAACAAGUUAGUGACUUUUUACCAUUGCUAUUUUGAAGUUUGUGGCGCUUAAACACCCUUGUUAAACAGAUACAGACACUCAAACGAACACUUCUCUGAAAGGAACUUCUAGUUCCUGUUGACAAAUUGAACCAUAUAUUCCUUGAUUUCUGGCCUAUAUAAAUAAUUGCCCCAUUUAAAAUACUUCUCUUAACACGAAAGCGGUUUAUGAGGCUUCAUUGCGUUGUCGAAGAGGGAAGGAUUUGUGUUGAAACGAAGAUGAGAACACGAGUAUUGAGAUAAAGUUAAGGUCGAGGUGCGAUAUGAUCGAAACAGACAACUUCUAGAAUGGACGAUUCAUUUUGGACAUAACUUACUUAAAGCACUUAUGGUAUAUUUCUCACGGCUCUAUUUUUCUUGCAAAGAUGAGCGAUAUGACCUUAUCGUAUCUUGACAUAACAAGGUAACAAGGGAGCUGUGUUCGAAAGUAUGUUUGCGAAUAGUUGUGGUAUAUCCCUAACUACCAUCUUUUGUGUUUUGUCUGUUAUCGACAUGGUACGCGUGUAUCGCUCGAUUCUUGAGAUUCUGUACUUUGACAAAAUAAAUAUUGGUCCUGUAGCUUUUCACAUAAUAUACCUCCUAAAUAUUCAAGGAAUAAAAUUGAACGUGACUAUUUUGCUGAAACCGCAUGUGGACAGAGCACGCUAAUUAUUAAACCAGCUGUUUUGGAAAAAAAGAAAAAAUACGCCCUCUGGCACUUCUCCACUUAAUUGCAUACAUUACCAUAUUACCUUGAACAAAAGCAGAAAGCGAGUUGUUUCUAAAUUUUUGGUGUUGAUAUUUUGUAAGUUGGAUCUACAUUUUAUGUGAACAUUAUUUCUGUAAAAAUCUCUGAACAAAACCCCAGUAUUAUUAAAAAUUGUUAGGAGGGACUACAUUAAUUAACAUAUUAAUGCUUUUACAGAAUGUGAAGUAAAUUACUGACCUAUCUAACUUGCUUGAGUUGUGCUUUUUUUUUCGUUUUAGAAAAUCUAAAGUUAUUUUUGGUGUACUGCAAAAGAAAAAACAACAUACACACACACCAAUCACUUAAAUGUCCUGAUUUUCCUGAUAUGUAAAUAAUUUGUAUUUCAGAAUUUAUUUAUUGAUAAAGAACUUUCCAAAACAGGAUGCUUAUUUCAAAAUUGUUUUUUCAUUUUUUUAAAAAGUUAGACUCGUCUAGUUUUCUAGCCUGGUUUACUUUGAGGCUGGUGUUUAUGCACCCUUUUUUCUGAACCUCAAAUAAAAUUAUGAAUGCAAAUUUGUUUAAAAUUCUGUUCAUUAUUAGCUGUACCAAAAAUGCAUUAUUUUAAAGUAAAAUCUGUAAGUUUGGGUUUUGAUAUGAGGAUGAAGGGACAUUUAAAAAAGAGAAAAAGUUAUAUAUUUAUUGUUAAAUAAGAAGCAAUGUAAUUGUCAAAUAUAAAUGUAAAUCACUGAACCCCCUUCCUUAAUUAGUUUUCCUUUUUUUAAAGAAAAUUAAAUUGACCAGCAUAAUUAUUUGACGCUGUGGAGAUAUUUAUUAAAUUGAAUGUUGGCUGGCAUAUUCUUAAGUGUUUGUUUUGGGAACACAUGAUAUAAACUUUACUGAGUUUGUUGAGAAAUCAAAAUUAAUUAGGCCAUAAAUUUUAGUUUUACCUCACUGGGUUUUUAUUGAUUUAACAUUUUGCCUUUCCACAUACAUGUCAAUUUUCAACAGUGUUACAUUUAUUUUUGGACAGUGAUUCACAGAUAUCAUGAUAAAUUGCAAAACAUCUGGCCCAGCUUCAUAAAUUUUAACACAAAUUCUCUAAACUGAUCCUUAAACAUUUCAUUAAAGAAUGAGUUGUGAAAAUUUUUCUCUGGUGAUCAUCUUUUUAAUUCUCGUGAACUAAUGUCUUGACAAUGUAUGGAUAUUGUUAGGAGAAAGCUGAUGUUGGUCACUAUUGGAACUUAAACUGUUAACAUUGGGUAUUAUCACUGGUAUUCAUUCCAAAGAGACCUUCUAUCAGGGUUGUCAAGAUAAUCCUCAAGCUAAAAGUGCAGGAAAACAAAUCAGAUAAUCAAAGAAAACAGCAUAAAAAUUGUUUAGUUAAUGUUUCAAUGGAUGUUGCUACAGUUUUUUUUAAGUAGGGGUUUUAGGUCUUGGAUUUAGCUGGUAUCUGGUCACUUUAUUUCAUGGCCAGAUCGUACCACAAUAUAGUUUGAAUUUGUCAUGAGUCUUUAAGCCAUAAGUAGAAACAAUGGCAUUGCUCGUGUAUACUUCAUUAUUUAAGCCAAGAAGCCAAAAAAGUGCAUUUUACAUCACGUUUUACACUGAAACUGUGGAAUGAUCUGACCAAAAAAUGGAACAAUCUGACCAUGGAAUGAAGUGACAGUAAACCAUUUAGCUUAUAUGUAAAGAAACUGGUUCAACGACUAGCUAUUCCCCAGGGUAUGGACUAACCAUGGCAACACUCUACACCUUUUCCUUUAUAUAUGGCGUAAAAAGUUGAUGCAAACAAUUUUAAAAUCUUUUUUUUCUCAGUUUAUAAAGAAGCAAUUUGAAGAUUUGGACUGGACAGUUACCUUAGAUGAAUUUGAUGACAUGACACCCUAUGGGCCAAAGCGAUUUACCAACAUCAUCGCCACUUUGAAUCCCAAUGCAAAACGCAGGCUUAUUCUAGCAGCUCAUUAUGAUUCAAAAUAUUUUCCUGAGGACAGCGAUGGUAGAUACUUUUUUGGCGCUACAGACUCAGCCAUGCCAUGUGCAAUGUUGAUUGAAAUUGCCAAGACGGUGACACCUUUGUUUAAAGCACGGGGGCAGCGGCAAGAUAGGCUGGUCAAUGAUGAUGAUGAUGAGGUUUGUUAGAGUUAGUUUUUUAUAAGUUUUUUUUGUACAAAUUUGUAUAUGCAAUGUUAUAGACACUGUGUUAUCGACACAUUUUCAAAAGUCAACAUAUUAAUAAUUAAUGGAUUAAUAAUUAAUAAUAGAGAUAAAUAGAUAGAUAAAUGUAGAGAUAAAUGUGUAGCAGUCAUGGCCAUAAUAAUAUUAAGGACUUCAGUUUGCCAGUUUGGCGCUAAAUUUAUUUUGUUUACAGCAAUCAGAUGUCACUUUGCAAAUGGUGUUUUUUGAUGGAGAGGAAGCAUUUAAGGAGUGGACAAAAAAUGACUCACUUUAUGGCUCGAGACAUCUUGCUGAAGUAUGGAGCAACACAACUCAUCCAAAGGGAUCAAAUACCACAAUGAUCGAUACCAUAGUAAGUAUAAAAUAUAGUAAUUAUAAUAAUUAAAUACUACAAAAAUUAUGUAUGUUGGUCAGAAAAUUUGAACACUGCUUGUAUAUAUGUUGUAGGGAAUUUUUUAUUUCAGUUAAUUUUUUUGUUUUCUUUGUUUCAUUAUAUGUUCAUAUGUAUCAGUGUAACAAAAUCAGUUUUUAAUUAAGUUUCUUUCCUUGCUUCCUUUGAAACAGAAUGCCUUGGUACUGUUAGAUCUAAUUGGUACUUCUGAUCCACAACCCACAUUUUAUAAUACUUUCAAAGAGACAGAUGAUUUGUUUCAGAGAUUGGAGCAGAUAGGUAAGACACUGUCAUUCAGCCACACUGUAAAUGUCUAUAAUCACGGAGAACCAUCUCUUUUGUGAUGCCAUCCAUUUUAAUAAUCGUAGACAACUGAACAAGGAAUAAAGAUCAGGGGUUUCAAUAAAAAUUGAAGUAGCAAGUAGGUUUGAAUAGAGUAACCGACUGUAUCAGCAAGGGGCUGUUGACUAAAUCACUAAAUUACGUACUUUUGCACGCAAACAAAUUCUGUCUAAACCUAUAAUGAAACUUGUGAAAAAAUGACUGAAAUAUAGCAUUCACAUGACUAAAGCACAACGUAAAACCAUUGGGCCUUAAUGAAAACUCACCGUAAUUACAUUUUCAUUCAGACUCGUGCAUAAGGUGCACCUGUGAGUUGGCAGGUAUAUAUAGUGUCAUUUCAAUAAAGGAGAUUUGAGCAAUUUAUUUAAUGUGCUAUUUUUCAAAACUGGGUCAUUCUCUUUGGGAAAAAUGUUCCCGAUCAGUCAAUUAAUACUUCAGAAACUUUUUAUUAUUGUUAUUGAUGCUGUUGUUUGUUUCUUUUGACAGAGCGGCGCUUAAUAAGCACCAACAGGCUUAUAGAACGACGGCCUCAACCCUAUUUUAUGCAUGGUCUCAUGGAUCGCAGAUAUUUAGUUGAGGAUGAUCAUAUACCUUUUUUAGAGAGAAGUAAGCAUUGUAGCAAAUAACAUAAUUGUGAAAAAUCAACAAUAUGCUGAGAAAUCAUAUACAAGUGAUGUAAGGAGAAUAUGUUGUUACUAAUGUUGUGAAGGGAGUGUGAUGUUCUUCGAAAAAUCAGAUUUAAACCCCUAAAGGAAAUCAAUGUUUGGCAUGGCUCAGGAUUUAUUCAACCUCUUCAAGGACCUAUGGUACUCUAAAAUUCCUUGAACCAAUGAUUUAUUAUAUUAAGUAAAAGCUAUUGCAAAAAAAAUGUCAAAAUUGAGAAUUGUCUCCAACAGAGUGACAGUGGUUGGUUUGGUCUGUAAGUAAGGAGGUCUGUAUAUGCAUAAAUAUUUUAUCUUUCAAUCCUAAAUACCCUAUAUAGAGGUACCAAAGUCAAAGGAGAAGCUGCAGAUUGCCUUGUUUUUCCAAAAAUUUCUUUUCUGGUUUCAAUACUGGCACUUUUUGUCAUUUUGCAGGGCUGUUACUGAGAUUUCAAGUUGCCGGGUAAAUACAACAAGUAGGCAGGGAAUCAAACAGCUAGGGAUUUCUUUUGGUUCUAUUUUCCUAUAAGAGUAUAGUAGCUGGGGGAAAUCCCUGGUCCCCAGAUCUUAAUGACAGCCCUGAUUUUGUUACAACAUGUUGUCAAAGAUGGUAGAAAUAAAAAACAAAAAAAACAAGACAAUCUGGUGUUGCUUAGUGUACUUCACUCAAGCAGGCUUGGCUGCAUUCAUGUAAAAGGUUUUUGUGGUCUAUAAAUAGUUUCAUAAAUGCAUUUUAAUUUUUCUUUUCUAGAUGUCAAAAUUCUUCAUCUGAUUUCACUACCGUUUCCUAACUGUUGGCAUCAAGUCUGUGACCAUGAAGGCGAAAUUGACCCCAAAGUGGUUCAGGAUUUGCUGAAAGUGUUUCAAGUAUUUGUUGUUGAGUACUUUGGCCUUGCAGUGGUAUAA